AUGGAUAAAGGUAAACCGGAAAAAGUACAUAAUAAUGUAGCUGUAGUAGCACGAUGAUUGACGAACAAGACGUUACACCUGAAAAUACCUGAUGGAAAUGCUUACCUACUAGGGUAUCGAAAUAUUAUACGAAUAGGGUCCGAACCGUAUCUUGUUUUUACCUGCUCGUUUAUUCAAAACCCGACUGUGCGAUUUCUAUUGAAAUGUAAAACCGGAGCAACCAUCGCGAGAAAAGCAAAAAAGUUUUCGAACAAAUAUCCCUUAUGCAUUUCGGCAACAAUAAUUUACAUGUUCCUUUCGUAAUGGAUUAGAUCCUCAUCCGUUCGACGUAUGCGGCUAUUUUGAAAAUAUCAAAAUAUGAUAAUACCAAAACGGCGCGAAACGAAAUUGAUUUUCUCUGUUAAAUCGUUAAAACAUUCCGGUUUGGCAGUUUCUGCGCGCGUUUAUCGAAGAGUUUGACGUUUGGGAAUCGUUUCGACGUCAGUCAUAAUAGUAUGUAAGGAGUGGGAGGUGCUCGGGUUGUUAAAUUUUUACAUGCUGAUUGAAUUAAAUGCUUAAGUAACUGUUAUUCGUUUAGUGGAAUAACUAGUAAAAAUAAUACGUAACGCACUUAUCUUCCGAUUUUCGGCCUUUUUCUAAUUCGAUUGCGUUUGCGAAAUUUCACAUAUUAUUUUGUAUGCAUUUUUCAACGAUUACAUUAUUAAAAAACUAAAGUCGAACUGCAGAAUGUGCCAAAUAAUUGUUAAAUAUAAUUGUAUUCAAAACUGUUCCGUUUCUGGUUUCAGUAUAAUAAUAUGACUGCGAUAAUGAAACUCGGUUAUCGCGGAAAGCAUUUCGAUAAGUUUUAAAGAUUUUCCAGUUGUUUUUUUAUUAUUCAUAGUUUUUUUUUUCGUUGUUACUGCAACAACAUCCGGGUACUAAUAUAACAUAAUACAGUAUAUUGUGUAAUGCAAUUUUCAGAAUAUCAUUAAAGUUAAACACUGAGUGCGUUAAGUGACAUUAUUUUGGUCGAUAGAUUUUGGGUGUAUUAUACUAUAUGCACUAUAUACAGUAAUGUGUAUGCGAACUAAUUUCUGGAAUAGUGGGAGGGUGGUGGAGUCCCUAAAAGCGAUUAUUAAAUAUAUCGCGUGUGAAAAAGGGUAGAAACUAAUGGGUCAGUAUGCUAUACAGAUAUAUGACGUAUUGGACGAAGGCCACAGGAAAACGAAAAAAACAACCGAAAAUUAACGUGACCCGAAAAUAUUUUUACGACCGUUUAGAGCAUAAUACGCUUAUACGUAAAUAAUAGUUUAACUUUGAAAAAAAAAAUAAAAAAUAAAAAAAAAAAAAAAAAAACGACGACGACGUCCUUUUUUUAUACCAUGUUAAAAUGAGUGCGAAAUUAAAUGUCCGCGUAAUAAUAUAUUACGCUAUUGUGCGGAAAUCGCGCAAUUUAAUUAUCAGAUCGAAUGUGUUGUGUAACGUCCGAUAAUACCGUUAAUAUAACCGUAACUAUUUCGCGGUCAUUUGAAUUUCGUUACUGAAUUAAAUGAGGUUUCGAAUCGGUUUCGACGAGAAUUCCGUUUCGAUAUUAUCCGUCGUUCGGUUUUAAUAGAUUUGCCGCGUAAAUCCACGCCAUCCAAACCACGGCCACGAAAUCACCUACCGGCCGUUACAUUAUUCAACGCUGUAUCACGAUAAACGCAUCCGGUUUCGCCUAUUAACUGUGUAAUUACAAUAAUGCAUAACAAUUGAGGCCGAUUCGUACGGAUAUUGUACAUUAUCAUACAAACAAUUAACAGUGAUAACGUUUGACAUUACAGUUCGAUGCACACCUAUUAUUUAUUUGUCUCAAGCACGCUGGCGCACGCGACGGUUACCGCGGUAGUCACCAUACCUUUCACGGAGACGGCGUCCAUACGCGAUGAUGUAGCAGAGUGAUCAGUGGCGGAUAUAGAAUUUUCGGGAUUUUUUUUUUUUUUUCUGUAGGGAGUUGACCCAAAUUGUUCAUACUAAUUUUGAAAAAUAAACACUAAAUAAAAAAUACCGAUAAGAUUACAAUAGCAAUGGGGCGAUAAACAUUUUCGACUAUCGUAAUGAUCCGCAAUUCGAACGUCGAUUCAUAAUCAUUAUCGACUCAUAUUAAUACAACUACACAUAUAAUAUAACUGUCUAGGAUGGUGGGGGGGGGGGUGCUCUCUCGAUAUAUUUAAGUGAAUUUCGAUAGUAACGUCUGUGAAAGUGCAGCACGACAGUAAAAUCGUACGAUCGUGUGUACUACGUUUUUAUACACACGGUGAUAUUACUAUCAUUUUCGCAUCGGCCACACGAUAGGAACUAUCAACUAUCGCGCGUGCUUCGUGUGUCAGUUGAUUUCGCGAUAGUUCGAUAAUUACGUUUCGCAACUUUGAUUUUAUUCCGUUAAAAUAUAAGGACGUACAAUGAGAUACAAAAACAGUUUUCGAGCCGAACGCAUCUGGAUUUGAAAACCAUCAGGACAUUUUCUCAGAAUCAUCUUUUAUAAACGAUUUAUAUCAAUAUGUGUACGUUUUGUAAAUUAUUUACAACCUCCCCCCCUAAAAGAAAUCUGGAUACGUCACCGCAUUGCAUUACAUGGCAACACGACGCAUAGCGUCCGAGGGAACUUAAAAUGACGGUAAAAAAAAAUGUUGAAUUUAAAAAUCAUAGGAAGUUCUACAGUGGGUAGAUAAAAAACUUAUAAUUUAGGUUAAAGGACAUUUAUCUCACUAAUCUUUUCCCGUGUGUACGUCAAUGACUAAAAUUACCGAAAAUUUGCAUUAGAAAUACGUAAUAUUAUCUACGCUACUUACUCGUAUAACAAUACCUUCAAUAUAUUACAAUGCGAUAAGAGCAUAGAUUAUUAUUAUAAUAUUAUAGCUGAUUUUCCGUUUUCGUCUACUAGUCAUAAUGUUUUAAAAUUCUAUUCACGUACGAACUAUAACCAAAAAAUGAAAAUAAAUACAUUUCCGUGAAAACGAAUCUCUUACGAAAUUACUAGCCGCGGGGAACAAAAAGCAGAUUAAAAAAAAAAAAUGAAUUUUCGCAUUGUGCUUUAGGGGUACAAUAAUACGCGUAAUUUAUUUCCUCUGUCUGUCUUAUAAUAUAGCAGCAACCACACAUAGCACUUCAACUAAAAAAUUGCGACUUUUUAAUUGAACUAACAGCAAAAGGACCUAUUAUAAAUUUUAUGAAAAGAGAAUAUAUCUACUAUUAGUGGAAUGUUUUAAAUUCGGUAAGGAGCGAAUUGAACAAAAGAUGAGUGUGACGUGUUUUUUAUGUAUAUAUUUUUUAUUUGGUAGGUACUCUAUUGAAAAAAAUUAUUCGAAUAAACAGAAUUACUUGAACAUUUAACAAGAGGCUCGUUAUAAAUCGUACUGAGUGGUAAAAAAAAAAAAAAUCGAGCAUGAUAUAGUAUUUUUUUUUUUAUUAAAAUUUUAACAUCAAGUUUUGACGAACAUCGUAAAUAUGACAACCUUUCAAAUCAUGUUGGAACAAACUUCGUUCAGAAUCGCUUUUCGUUGGCAAUAUUUAAUAUUGUUGCUUACAAAUAUAAAUUAAACAACUUUAUGUAUUCUAUACUUUCCUAUCUUCCCACUAACCACAGUGGCACGUUCAUCAGCAGUAUCCCUUUUUAAAUUUUUUUUAUGUUUUUUAUUUAGUCAUGAAGAAACGCGCGUUUGAAUUCGGUUUGAUUUCUUUUAAUUUUAACCGUUAAUUAAUUACUUGUUAAUGAAUGAAAAUAUAAAAAAGAUGAACGUGCUUUGCACGAUGGGUGGGCCACUGUUGUAGUUGAGAAGUUGGAAAGGUAGGAUAUAGAUAGGAAUUCAAUGUAUAUCUGUACGCGACGAUUAAUCUUUGCUAACGAAAAACGAUUCUGAACGGAGUUCGGUUGUAUAUGUUUACGAUUUUCGCCAAUAGUUCUUAAAUAAAAAUUAAAAAUGUUACAUUAAAUUUCGGGGUUUCGCUUUUUCCCAUUUGAAGUCAUUUUCUCUUUACGGUUUUGAUUUGACACGUUGUGACGCCGAUAAAUAAAUUAUCGCGGGCCGUAGUCGGUCGUCGCCGCUGGUUUGGAACGCACACAAUCCGCCCGCCCAGCCAAUGGCCCACUAACCAACAGUCCUCGCGCAAAUAUAUAGCAAACACUCAUCGACACAACCGUUUUAGUUCAAUACAACAAUUGUUCCUGUUGAAUGUCAUACUUACCACCCGAGGCCGUUAACCGCCACCGCCUGGUUACGAUAGCGAACAACGCGUUAACAACCGUGCGACCGCGGCUUUUGGCUUUUACGGCACGGUUUGCAUAAACGCGAUAAACGGCUAUUUUUUUUAUUUUUAUUUUUUCUUUCGAAUUUCGUUUUAAUUUUUACGUCGCCGAGACAAUGAUGUGUACGGACACAACAGCGGUUUGUUAUUGUGACCCGGUUGCGAGUUGAUUUCGAAUUUUCGGAUUGCCGUCCGCGUGACAGCGCGCGCGCGCGCCCGGCGUGCACAAUACAAGCGGACGCGAACCGACUUACGUUUAACCUCUCCCUUUUUUUUUUUUUUUUUUUUUCUAUCGAGGAGUCCGAUCGACCAUAAUAUACGCGGUAAAGUCCGUCGGACACCCGGUUGCGUGUACGAUUUUGCUCGCUGUGCGUCAACGGAAAACCAAAACGGUAAACGAUUGCAUUGUCCGCGUAGAUGCAUGGAUUGUGUAACAAAGUAAUAUAUUUUACGCGCAGGGAAAUGCACUGACCGACGGGCCGCACGGGUAUAACCGGAGAAACGGAGAAGGUCCAAAAGUCGAGGGUCGAGUGCGGUGCGGUCUAAUCUGCUGGCGGGAUUUUUUUUUUUUUGUAAUUUCAAGAGAGGGGGACGUGCACGCGCGAUGGAUAUUCACUACGAAAAAAAAAAAAUAAAUAAUAAUAAUUAAAAAAAAAAUACCCCGACGCGCGAAUAGCGGUUUUUUUUAAUUUGGGGUCGAGGCGCAUUGCGGCGAAGAAAAUCGGUUAACGAGCAGGAAAAAAAACCGUUCGCGGGUUGCCGUUUCGAGCGAAAGUAUACAAAUUUCGUCUGAAUAAUUCAUCAGCGUGUAAACGAAUCGAAAUAGAUCCCCGGCAGCUGUCCAUACGACCGACGAUGAUUAUGGGCGCACGUGAUUACUGCAGUUAACGACCGUAUGCACGUGCACAUCAUGACUUUUUGAACAGCGUACCGUGAUAGUUUUUUUUUUUGUUCAUAACAAAACCCCGUCGUUUGUUUAAAUCUCGCGAGGGGAAAAAAAACCUAAAACAACCGCGCAGUUCAUUCGGGGGAAAAUAAAAAUAACGACUAGACACGAACAAUUUUAUUUAUAUGUCUCGUAAACAGACAUUUUUAAAUAACCGUAUUAUUAUAAACAGAGAUACGUUUACAAAUGUCUUGUUAAAAAAAAAGUUUUGAAUUUAUGUACUUAGCGAAAUGCGUAUGAAAAAAAUUUUAUCUCGCGUACAAAUACCCAGGUGCUGACUGGGCAGAUCGUCGACAUCUUUAGACGUUUUUAGACGUCCAACCGGGCGGGUACCUACGGGCCACCGCCUAGAUGACGACUCGCGAAUUUAUGUCCCGGACGAAAAACAUCGACGUCGAUAACCCUCUAACAUAUUUCCUUUUUCUCUGCCCGUUUCGCCAGCGCUGCCGCUUUCGAAUUCCGAUUUGAAACAUCGACAGAAUUGUGUGCAUAGUUUUUUUCGUACGAUUUCGUGCAGGAAAAAAAAAUCGUGUUGUUAACGCGUUUUACAUUGGUAUCCGUGUCGUGCGCGUCGCGCGAUGUUGUCACGCCGAAGCGAUUGAAAUCAAGUGAUCGCUGAAGUGAGAGCGACCCUCUCCUCACUUCCGUGAUUCGACACUUGAACACACUCGACCGCUCCCCCCCCCACUCCAUAUCGACCGCCCAAAUUAUUAUACAACCGAUUGUGUUUACAGGCAACGGUGGCGGCGGCGACGGUGACGACGACAUGGACGUGAAAACGGUGUACGCCCAUCCGAACGGGACGCUGUCCAUAAUGCCGGACGACGACGGCGGCGAGGCGGCCAAGGCGGCCGGCGACGGGUCGCCGUGGCGCCCGUCGUCCGUGCCGUUCGCAGCCGCUUACUUGACCCUGUCGUCCGUGGCCAUCGCGUCCAACGUGAUGGUGUUGACGGGCAUCGUGACGACCGACCGGCUCCGGUCGCCGUACGCCGUGCUGGUGUCCGCCCUGUGUCUGCAGUGCGCCAUGGACGCCGCGGUCGGCCACUUUAUCACCACCGGCGAACUGUUGGCCGGCGGCGUCGGCGGCGGCGGUGGGUCGGCCGUGUGCCGCGGCGCGGCCACCGUCGCGGUGGCCCUGUCCGUCGUCGAGCUCGUCACGUUCGCCGGCCUCGCGGCCGCCAACGUGUUCGUCCGCUGGUCCGACUGCGACGAGCUGGCCCUGCCCGCCGCCGCCGCCCUGUGGGCCGCCCCUUCCGCGUACACGUACGUCAUACUGGCGCCCACGUUACUGUUUUCCACCCGAUACUUUCCGUCCAGGUGCGUAAACACGGAAACUCUGUUUACAUUAUGGUGUACGAUUUUUGUUAUGCUGCACGGAAAUUCGGUACAACGUUCGUACAACAGGUCGUAAAAGCUGUCCUAGGAUAACGGGGACGGCCGGGCGCAGCCGCUGUUGUAGGUGGGCAGUCGAGAAGGUGGGAUACGGACGGGAAUUCAGUGUACGUCCGCAAGCGACGAUUGACCGUUGCUGACGAAAAAACCGAUUUUGAACAGAGUUCAGCCGAUUGUGUUGCUUCGUCAACGAUAUAAAUUACGAUCACAAUGUAUCAUAUUAUGGUGAAAUGAUUACUCGUGCAUUAACCGUUUUCUUUAAUAAUAUCCGUUUAGUGUUGUGCCUGCGUCACCCGCGUCCCCCCCGGUUUCCCCACGUUUUCCCCAUUUGCCGGGAAAACUCCUGGGAAAAUCAAAAGAGCGUACCGCCCCAAUCAGAUUUGCCUCCCGGAAAAUUACUAUCGUUGUAAAACGUAGCGAAACGGCUGGUGGAAAACUUGGUCGUAAUAAAAAUAAAAAUAAAUAAACGUCAUUGUACAAAAACCAUUGCGUUCCCCGCCCGGUUCGGAAUCGAAAACGCGACGCGCGUUUCUGCCCGGGGGUUCCGGUCGGUUCGGCCGCGAGCGCGAUUUGUAUCAAAUCGUGACGGCGCGUUCGCCCGUGAUUAAUGCCGACGACCGCGGGGACACCGGGGAUUCGGGGAAUCGGCGCGGACAACGUUUACAGGGUGUCCGUCCGGGCGGACCGGGCGCGCGUAUCGCGUCGCGUUGCACGCGGCGUUUACCGUGCACAAUCGAUACUCUCAUUUCCAUAGAAACAUCGCGAAACCCGCCCGCCCCCUCCACCCCAUCCACCGAUUAAAAUUCAACGGAGCCGCCGCGCGGACGGUUAAUCGGACGACAACCCCGCCGCCGCCGCCGUCGGAGACGCCAUAAUAUUAUUGUAGCGAAAACAAUAACGACCCCGGGGCACCUGCCGCGCGUUCGUGUUGCGCGCUACACGGGCCGGGACCGACGACCCUUCGAACGCGGCCUUCUCGGCGCUGGCCACUGCGAUACGGGCCGAUUUUCGGGGGAGGGGGACGCGGGGGCGGCGAAAGGAGCGGGCGGCAAGAGCGGCGAAAUGUAAUCCGACAACGCCGUUUCGUAAUGAAAUAAACCGUUCGGUCGUAUAGACGGCAAUUUGUUUAGUUCACGGAUUUACGAUGUCACUUGUCGGAUUAUCUAAAACCGUUAUGAAUUCUGAUAUUCGGACAAUUGGGUAUUCACUGGGAGAGGAGAGAAUGCUCUUGUGGUCUGGUAGACCUCGUUUACCAACGGUCAUGGGCGCCCCCGUGGGUAAAAUCGCAGGGAGAGUCGAAGUAAAAAAAAAAAAUGCUCGAAUAUAAGGAUAAUAAAGAUUUAACGUGAUUUUCCGCAUAUAAAUGUAAACGGACGCGUUAAGUUUGUACUGUUAUAGAUGUGCCCAGUUGAUUGACAGAUAUUUUAAUAAGUAUGUAGGAAAAAAAUAGAAAAUCAAAUAAUCUAAUCAAACUCGGUAUCGGUAAACUAGAACUGCGAGUUUCUUCGUUUUGUUCCGAACGUGUCGAUGGCGCCCCGAAUGACAAUAUCCUUGUUUGCGUCCGCCGUUUCACGAUGCGGGCUCAUCGUACGCAACCCAUUUGAACGAUAUUCGCCUGCGGUCGACCGGAGCCGCGUUUUCACGCUUCUUAACGCGCCGUUUACUCAAUUUCAAUUGUGCACGUUGUCGGAAGGCGGUGAUAUAAAAACAUUGAGUAUUUGAAAAAUCGCGGAUCAAUGUUCGCAAUGUGAGCCGAUUAAUCAACAAACGAAAUUCCAUCAUACUGGGAGUCAAUCACGUUCAGAGAUGUACUGUGGGUUUGAAAUUAACAAAGUCGCUAUCUAAAAAUGUAUUUGUAUCUAUUGUAAAUUACAAUACGUGUUAGAUAAUUUGCUGAUGCGCAGCAACACCGGACGGGUAAGCGUAUGGGUAGUCGUUCUGUGAGUACAAUAUAAAAUUUGUUGGGUUAUUUACUUGUGAAAAAUGGUGUAUACUGAAUUAGGGGCGUCGUGUUUAUGUUUGCUCCCCCCUCAAUGCGUUGUUCCCCCUUAAUACGGCCCUGCUGAUGUUGUCGACAAACCGAUUAGGUUGACCCGUUGCCGGGGCUCGGAUCUCGUAGCGCCGAGAGUAAUCGCGUGUUAUGCGACCGAGGGGAUUGGACGCGACGAGUUUCUGUCUUUGUCUCACGCACGUGAGAUACGGGGGUUUAGACGUGUUUUUAUUCCGGCGUACCGAUUGAUCCAGUGAAACGGUACGAAUUCUGCCUUUACAUCCUUAAACUUUUUUUUUUAAAAAAAAAAAAGCCAUACUAAUAAAGGUAUAAUUGAUAAAAAUGGAAUGUUUUAAUUUUUCCGAGUAACUAAAAUUGUAAAUCAAAAAAACGGGAGAGUCGACCGCACGAAAAAUUCAAAUCUGAUUUCAGAAUUCUAAUCGAUUCACCAGAUCAAUCGGCACUACGUCUAAAUCCCUACAUCUCGAGUGUGUAAGACAAACACAGAUAUUCGUCGCCGAGGACGGUACGCGGGCAUUUGUUGGCGCGGUACCCGUUUCCGCCGAAAGUCGACCUUUCCCUUUUCCACCAUUACCCGUUUCCAUCGCAGGUGUACCUCCUUCUUUUCCGCACCACCAAUACUCGUUUCCACUGAAAUCGUAUUAUUUAGCUCGCCGUUGAUUCAAUAAGUGUUUAGUGAUUAUUGUUCACGCGACCCGACAUAUGUAUGUUAUUGUGAUAUACAAUAUAUUAAUAUAUAAGUUUGAAAAUGUUAAAUUUUGUUUGAAAGAACGAUAUGAUGUUGUAACAGGGAGCCGCAUACGGCCCGUAGACGAGUAGGGAAAAACGAAAAUAUAAUACGAGAUUUCAGAAUCGCGAUUUCUCGUUUUCGAGUAACAUUUGUCAUUUAUUUCACUGAAAAUUUUCUAUUUUUAUCAUAUUCAGAUACAAUUCAUUUUUAUUUUACAUUGUUUCAAUUAUUUGUAAUAUUAAUUAUGUUCUUAAUGUUUACAAACAAUAGCAAAUAUAAAAUAUAAAUAACAACGCCAAUUACAUUCUCAUUGCUUUCAAUUUUUUUAAUAAUGCCAUGUCCUAUUAUAUGUUGAAAAUAUGUACUUGGAAUUCGUGUAGCUCUCGAAAAAUGUCCAAAUUCCCAAUGUGGCCCUUCAAAAAUAUUAUUUGGUCAUCCCUGGCGUAUCGUAUAGUAUUCAUUCAACAUGUAUAUUGUCUGAUGUAGAGAAUGUUAUAAUUUAUUAAAACAAUUUUCAAAUUUACAAUAAUAGAUAUGAUUGUGCGGUAUACCUUGGCUACCUAUGCAUAUUAGAACAACGCGCCAAGUUAUGCUUAUAUGCAAUUAGUUGAUAUAUGUUUUUUUUUUAAAUAUUAAAAUAUACUUUUCACAAAAUCGUACCCGAAAUUUAAAACAACAUACAUUUAGUACCUAUAGGUAUUGUUUUAUUACACGCAAUAUUAUGUUACCUUCCAGUUAUUACAUUUUCGUAAUAAGUCAUAAUUCGGUCAUUUUUCGCAUUUGAUAGAAACCAGUGUCGGUGGAAAUGGGAAAUGUCCAUUUUUAGCGAAAACGUGUUACGCCCAUUUGUCGUUUCCGUCUUACGACCGCGCGGUACAGUUGAAACACGCUUACGCAGACCAUUCCGUGUGCACGCUUAAUUUCGGUUCUAGAGUGAAAACACCUAUUAUAAAGUCAAAACAGAACAAUAUUCCGGAGGGCGAGACGUUGCGUUUUUUUUUUCAUUUUAUUUAAACGUAACAGUCAAUUCACCGUUUAUAAAUAACGUCGUUUUCAACGUUUCUUUUUAAUUUGCUAAAACAUUUAUAAAAAAAAAAAAAAAAAAUUUACUUGUUCGAAAAAACGCAACGUCUUGCCUUCCAGAAUUUCGUAGUGGGUGCUUUUACUCUAAACCCAAAACUAAACGAGUUCUGUGUAGUCUGCGCAAGCAUGUUUUUACUAUAUCUCGUGUUUGUAAGACAGAAAUAACAAUUAAUGCACGUGUAACGUCGUCAUAACGACACGAUCUAAAUGGAUACUUGACAUUAAAGCGUCGAAUGAACGUAAAAAAUAGCGAACAAGAAAAUCGUUUUUAUUCUUCUUCUGUUAACAAUAUUUACAAAAAACAUUGGAAAUAAUACGCACGACAGACAAAUCCCAGUAAAAAAUGUAUAAACACAAUUAUUAAGUAGUCACAAAUGCACAACGACGGGGAAAGUUUUUUUUUUUAAAAACACCAAGUUUAAAUUUUAGUCCAUAGUUUUUAAAACGAUAUCAAAUUGAAAUACAAUUGAAUCAUGAACAGGGGUGGCAAAUUAUUCUGACGCUACGUGCUAAAAAUAACUGGUUUUUUUUUCGAGCAUGCCAUUAAAUUAUAAAAAAAAAAAAACUAUAAUAAUAGACGUAGAUAUAUUGCAAUAAAAAAAAAUGUGUGAAAUUGCGGUGUUAUAAUUGUAUUAUUAAAAAUGAAAAUAUAAUAUGAAUAUUUUAAUUUACCGCGUGCCAUCCCGGGCACGCGCGCAAUGGAUUUGCCAUCCCUGAUCUACAGUGCCGACAUUAAUCGAUACUAUAUAAUAAUAAACUCAGACAAAUUAUAUGCUAUUCUUUUCACGCCAUUGAUAUUAAAAUAAUAAUAUCUCAUAAUAUCAACGUCGCAACAUUAAUUUACUAAAGAGACGAAUAUCGUGCAUUUUUUUUUUUCCUGUCUUAAUUUCAUCAACAAAUCGAACGUAUACCGGUCAUCAAAUCAAUAUAUAAUUGUAUACUGUUUUUAUACUGUCAAUUUGACGAGAAUACACAUUUGCAUUACAAUUAUUUCGUACGUUUUUUGAUUUUAUCACACAUUUAAAGUUCGGGAAUACAAAAUCGCAACGUAAACAUAGUCUAUAGAUUUGAUGUAAGAAAUGCACAAAAAAACGCUUGGGUUAAAAAUAAACUGUAAUUUUUUCGAAAACAAAUAUUUUAUGUGUACUUACAGAAAAAAAAAAAAAAACAUUUCGGAGCGAAAACCCAGAUAGCUCCAUGUCAACUCGACUCUGAUUAGAAUCAUUAAAAGAUAUAAUGAACCGAUGAAAACACCAAUUGUGUUUGUUAUUUUCUGACACUAUUAAUUGAAUUAAAAGGUGUUAAAAAAUGUUUUGAAAUAUUUUAUGCCGUGGAAAAAAAAAAAACAAUUUUUUUAUUCAUCUUGAACAAUAUUUCAAAAAACCGGAGUUAUCCGAUAAUCGUUCCGAGCCCCUCAAUUAGCGAAUGCCAUAAAAUCGUAUUCCUGCCUAUUAACCGACCAUCCGCGGCAGUCUAUUACAAAACAGAGGAAUCACGGGGGCAAAGCUUUAGUGAUUUUAUUAAUUUGUAAAAAAACACAAAAAAAUCAUAAAAAUUAUUGCAUUUGUUAGAUUUUCGCGAGAUAUCCUGUAUAGGGUGACGAAUGUACACCGAACUCGAUUUCGAGAGAAUUAAACAAUCAUAUCAACUAUAUGUGUACCCCUAAUACAAUUUACGGUUAUUACGUUAACGAAAAUCGGUUUUGAUUUGUAUUUUUUUUUUUUUCUGUUCCAGGGGUCGAUGCGGAUUCGUUUCAAACACUACCGGAUGGUUUUACCCGUCGCUGUUGAUCGUCUUCAGUUUUAUGAUACCGUGGUCGAUAUCGUUUUAUUUCGUGUUGGUGUCACUCCUCAAACCGGUCAACGUGUCGUUGCAGCAGACGCCCGUGGCGGCAAAGGCGGUGAAAAACCGAACGGAUCCGGCUCCGUCGAAAUUAAUUUUCGCGUCGUACACCGUUCUCGUCACGCCCGGUCUCGUAUCGUCGUGCAUUUACCUGUACGGGAAUCCCCGUGACAAUCCCUGGGCCGAAAACGAGGUGCCGGAAGACCUCUUGGACGGUUACCUGUCGAAGUUGCCGAUCCUGUUCGACGUGUUCGUGCCGUUGAUACUCAUUUACCAUCACAAGGCGUUCAGGAAAAAAUGUCGGGAUUUGUAUUUGCACGGGUUCAGGAAUUCCGUGUCGGACGGCCGUCAGAUUUCCCUUGAGAGACUGAAAUGGUCCCGGAACGCGGUGGAUCGUUUGACGGACGACGCGCCCGUGCUGUUCGUCGAACAAUCUGCGGGCACGAUAAACGUCAGAUUGCCGAGCGAAGACGGGUUCGUGGUGAAGGUUUGCGAUCUGAAUCACGAAGAAACCGGUAGCACGGGCUCAAAUCGAAAAAAAGCAGUUCGAUUCUCCAGGAAGCCCCAGAAAGCCGCCGAGAGCGGUGUGUACAGUACACAAGGACAGGAGAAAAAAGAAUCGAGUCUAUGA